AUGCACCUGACUGGCUUAGUUGGCCAGGAAGAGAGAUACCAACUAAAACCCCAAACUUUCAGCUUUGGAUACAGAGGACAACUGACUGAACAACACAGCUGUUCUGUUCUGGAUGCUGCAUUCAAAAGAUACUUUUCCAUUUUAUUUCCAGACUACCCUUCUGGAAAUGAUACUCUACAAUUUACUGAGAAUGAGGUAUUUACUCUCACAAUCAGUCUUGAUCAUCAUGACUGUGAGGGUUACCCAAAUCAAGAUUCUUCUGAGAGAUACAAACUGAAUGUCUUUGCUGGGCGAGCAUCUCUAAACGCUGAAACAGUGUGGGGUGCUCUAAGAGGUCUAGAAUCCUUCAGUCAGUUGGUAUAUCAAGAUGACGUUGGCUCAUAUUAUAUUAACAAGACCUAUAUUGAGGAUUUCCCACAAUUUAAGUACAGAGGAAUUUUACUGGAUACUUCACGACACUAUUUGCCGGUGCCUGCCAUUUUAAAAACUCUGGAUGCAAUGGCCUACAGCAAGUUUAAUGUGUUUCAUUGGCACAUAGUUGAUGAUCCCUCCUUCCCUUAUCAAAGCCACACAUUUCCAGAACUUUCCAGUAAGGGUGCUUUCCACCCAGUGACUCACAUCUACACACAGUCAGAUGUGAGAAGGGUGAUCUCACAUGCCAGGAUGCGAGGAAUAAGAGUUCUUCCAGAGUUUGAUUCACCAGGACACACUAAAUCUUGGGGAAAAGGUCAGCCUGAGUUGUUAACUCCCUGCUACAGAGGGGGCAAUCCUUCUGGGGCUUUUGGACCUGUUAAUCCAACAUUAUCCUCCACCUAUCAGUUUAUGGCAGCACUUUUUAAGGAAGUGGCCACAGUGUUUCCUGACUCAUAUAUCCACUUAGGAGGGGAUGAAGUUGACUUUUCCUGCUGGAGAUCAAAUCCUUAUGUUCGUGCAUUCAUGCAGAAGAUGGGUUUUGGAUUGGACUUUUCUAAACUUGAAGCCUUCUACAUUGAAAAGAUUCUGAACAUCACAUUAGCCCUCAGGAAGACAUCUAUUGUGUGGCAGGAUGUUUUUGACUAUCAUGAACGCCGCAAGUCUUUGUCAGUGGUGGAAGUGUGGAAACAGGGUUGCUACCUUUGUGAAGUACGCAGGGUUGUUAAAGCAGGGCUGCGGGUGAUUCUGGCCUCUCCAUGGUACCUGGACCAGCCAGGACCCACACACAACUGGGCCCGCUACUACAAUGUGUGGCCUCUCGCCUUCAAGGGUUCUGAAAAGCAGAAGCAGCUGGUGAUUGGAGGAGAGGUUUGCUUGUGGGGGGAAUAUGUAGAUGCAACCAACCUUUCCCCACGUCUUUGGCCAAGAGCAAGUGCUGCUGCUGAGAGACUGUGGAGCAACGAGAAGCAGACCUCCAGUGUGGACAGAGCGUUUCCACGACUGCAGGAAUUUCGCUGCAAGCUGCUGAGACGUGGGAUCCAAGUUGAGCCUCUAUAUGUGGGCUACUGCAAACAUGAGUAUCAAAGUGUUUGAGGAUGAUUUGAAAUGUAACAUCUUUUAACACACAUAGAUUCAAAAUUGCAAAUAUCCAUCUGUUCUCAGG